AUGCUUAGCAGAUCUCAAACUCCUCACCACAACUACUCCGAGGAUUAUGUUACAUUGAGGCUCACACAUACUACCAUACUCAUAGUUCAAGAAGCAUCUGUUCUUAGAGAAGUUGAAGAACAGUUGUUUAAUCGUAGAUCAUCGCUGCCUUCUGAAUCAGAAGAGUUCAAAAAGGUAUCAGAAACCAAAAUCCACUGUAAGACUCAAUGUGAGCAGCGUUCUUGUCUUGCGCUUCAAUUUUGGAAUUGUAGGAAUCUCUUUGCUCGGCGUCUUCUGAAUACAAUUCACUGCAACAGUAGCUCAUUAAGACUGCGUGGGAUAUGGGUCUCAGUUCGAUUGAAGUAG